AUGGGGCCACUACUGAUAGAGGCCUGGUUGCUGUUGCAGGAAUUGCUUGAGGUACCUGGUGAUCCUCAGUGGGUGGAGACUAUCACAAAGGACAUUCACCGGCAAUUCCCUUUCCACGAGAUGUUCCUGUCUCCUGAGGGCCCUGGACAGCAGGGGCUAUUGCAGCUGCUGAAAGCCUACACUGUCUAUCGGCCCCAAGAAGGUUAUUGUCAAGCUCAAGGACCAGUGGGCGCCCUGCUUCUCAUGCACAUGCCACCAGAGCAAGCUUUCUGGUGCCUGGUACAGAUCUGCGACCACUAUCUGCCUGGUUACUACAGCCCCGAAAUGGAGGCGCUGGUGCUAGACAGUGAAAUUUUUACGGCUCUCCUCCAUCGUGUGUGUCCCAAGGCCUUUAAGCACUUGCAGAAGCAUGGAGUGGGGCCUUUGAUGUACAUGCCUGAGUGGUUCCUGUGCCUCUUUGCCCGCACGCUGCCCUUCCCCACAGUGUUGAGAGUCUGGGACGCCUUCCUGAGUGAGGGGGUCAAGGUGUUGUUUCGUGUCGGUCUGCUGUUAGUCCGCCUAGCCCUGGGCUCCUCUGAAAAACUACGUGACUGUUCAGGAUUGGUGGAGACACUGGAGAAGCUACGCAACAUCCCACCUCAGUUUCUGCAAGAAGACAGCUUCAUGGCUGAGGUCCAUGAUGUGCCCAUCUCGGAGAGUGACCUGGGACGUGAAUGUAGAAUCCAACUGGGAAAACUGUGCAAAACUCAGCCUAAAUUCCAGUAUAGCUCAAAGCAGCGCCUUUCUGGUGCAAGGGCCAUCUUUGACGUUCAGCAACUGGAGGAUGCACAGAACAAUAAGACAGAGAAGGAAAUUCACUCACAUACUUUCCACAUCCCCAAAAUCAAGGUAGACCCGCCCCCGUCGUCCCCAGAGGAGCAGAAGAGGGCCUCGGAGAUGCAAGGUCAGAAAAAAGAGCAGAAAAGGAAGAAGCCGGACACACGGGGAAAGACUUUCCAUGUCUUUGAGCAUCCCAGGGGUAGAAGGGAGAGAAAGCUAGAACCAGAAGCCUCAAAGUGCAAGUCGUCUUUUUACUUGGAGGCAUGAUUCUCACUCAGGGCAGAGAAGACAUGGAACUCUGGGACAACAUCAUGCAGCAUUUUCUCACUGCCCUGCUUUGGUUAAUGGAUGAAUUCAGAAGCUUCGACAUAGCCUGAGUUGAAGGCAAUCCUAAAUUUCUAGCAAAACAAAUAAAUGGGUGGGUUUCCUAAUUUAGGAGCUUCCUCUUUCCGAAGCCUUCACCUAUAACCCUGCUUGAAUUAAAAUAAGAGAUGGGUAGUCCCAUCCUACAUGUGUUUUGGGAUGUACAUAAAGCUAUGAGUUACAGAUAUUGGUGUGUGUGUAGACACGAUUUAGCUAUAAUAAGCUUGGUGAAUUUCAAAGGGCAGAGCAAAUGAAUUUCACUAAGUACCCUUCUUCCCAUCACUCAGCUCCCACCACCUC